UUACUUUCAAAGCAGUGACUGUGAAGUUUAUAUUUGUCAGCACCUUUCUUGGCCUGUUGGUCACGUUUUACGACCUGGAGAAGAAUGCGGACACAGCCGGGUUCGUCCACAACAGGCACGUCCAACAGUUCCCCUGAACAAACUUUAAGAGCUGGAGGAAAAUGGUUUAAAAAGUUCUGGCGAAGCCCCACGGGUCAACCCAACAGUCCUUCCAGUACUGAUGGACACCAAUCACCUACUGAAGAAGAGCGGCCAGUUGUGACUCCUACUUUUGAGGAAUGCCUUGAAGGACAAUACCUGUUCGAAGCCACUCAACUGUUGAUAGACAGGGAGAAACAUCUGUUUGGAGAGAUAACAGAGGCUGAUGCACUUAAAGCUCAUGAGGAAGCAGUAGAAAAGCUUGCUGCAGACUAUGAAGCCCUUGAAAAGCGUUUAGAGCAGAUGGUGCAGCAGAGUCUUUCUCUCAGCAGUGAGGAAGAGGUGUCUGCUUUGACAUCUGCAGUGAAAGCCAUCAACCUUGAGGAAGAGCAGGACCAGCUGUGGGGACAAAGAUGCCGGACGCCACCAGCCUGGAGGCCCAAGAAGUGGAAGGAGCACCAUGACAAAGUGCUUCAUGAAUUAGUGUAUAGUCGUUUGGAGAACCCAUCGAGCCCCACUGGUGGCCAGGUGAACCAGUCCUCGAUCCAGAGCGACCUGAUGAUUUAUAUUGGCCGAGUAUUGGAUGAAGCAAAGAAAGAGUGGGAUCAAGGAAAGGAGCCGAGAAGAGAUGAUGGUUGCUACGCCAGUCCUGUGGCUUAUGAUGUCAUCCAGUUAAAACUGCCACUGAUUUGUCAAUCCAUUUGUCUUCAGUUUAUCUACGGCAUCGUGACAUCAGUACAUAUAACUGUAAGAGACCGACACAAGGCCCAGGAAAUAACAUCCAACCUGACAGACUUCAUGCAGAGGUAUCAAAAAUUUCACGAAGACAUCAUGAGGCAGAACAAGCCGCACAGCAAAGCUUUCAUAAAGGCAAACCUCAGCUGUGUCGAAAAGUUCAGGGACUUCCUUGUGAAGCACGAUCUGUUCCCAGAGGAUGUGCGGGAAAACUGUUUGCAGGUCCUGACUGAGAUGAAACAGUCUGCCCACACUUAUUUAUUAACCCCUGUGCACAAGAUCCUCAAGCCACACUACCAGAAGGUGGGAACCAGUGACUGGCUGAAGAAGAACACGUUUGAGAAGCUGCUGAACAGCACUGAAGACGAGCUUCAGGAACUUCAGGGUUCGAGUCAAUCCUGUCAUCAGGAGCUGAUUGGUCGGCUUCAGCAGGAAAUGACAGUAGAAUAUGUCCGGAGGCUCCUAAAAGGAGAGGUCAAACUGAAGGACAAGGAUCGUCAGCAGAAGGCUUACAUGACUGUGAAAGAAAAUGCAGAGAGACUGCACGAGCUGUUUGCCAGAAUGGGAUCCACACAAGACUGGUUAAAGGAAAUCCUGACCAACAUUGCAGAAGUGCUAAAACUCCAAGAUAUUCCUGCCAUACAGAUGGAAAUCGUUUCACUGGGAUCUGCUUAUCCUGACCUCAGUGAAAAACAUGUUUCGGCUCUGCUCAAACUCAAGACAAACCUCUCCAAAGCCGACAAGAAAAUCGUCAAAACCACUCUGUCGGACACACUGAAGGAGAGCCGUGCUGAUCCUGGAACCCGGAAGUUUUUCUCCAAAAUUGAAGUCAGAUGAGCCACACAUUUGCUUCUUAGAGUAUCACUGACUGAGAGUUUGGUUGCACCGCAGCAAUAUUAUUGUGUAUUAUAUUGUGUUACAGUCUAUCUCUGUAAAGACAUACAGAGUGAAUGUCAUGGGAAAACCUUCAGAUGGUAAUUUUUGUGCAUUUCAUAUAAACUGUAAAAGCAAUUGUCUGUUUUUAUACACUUACAAACAGGUCAGUGUUGUUCUAUUAUAUGUCGUUUUGUUUAAAAACUACAAAGAUGUUAAAGUCUAGUUUUUUCAUAAGUUGUAUUUUAUGCUAUAUUGUAUUACAGAGAAUUAUACAUGUCUCAUGUACAUAAAUAGAUGUAAGUUGAGUUUUUUUAAUAAAUGUGCAAAACCCA